AUGGAGACCUCACCUCAACACUCCCGAUCUGCCUCUUCCGCCUCGCGCCGGUCAAACCGUUCAAACCUCUCUCUCGAUCUCUCCAACCUUCCACCUAUGACCCCGCCUACGCCUCCCUCAAACACUCUUCUCUUCACCAACCUCACCGACCCGGCCAUCUUCCUCCCCGAGAACCUCGAGGUCAUCCGCGACCUCAUCACCCAAUCUGCUCCCAUUCACGCCUUUGCGCCCCUAAAAUCCUUCCGUCGCAUCGUCGUCUCCUUCUUUGACGAGCAGGCCGCCAUCGCCGUCCGCCAGGUAUGGGACAACGAGGCUAUCAUGGGCCAGCAGUGCCGUGUCUACUUUGGCAUGGCCACUCCCGUCGACAAGCGCGAUGAGCAUCUCGCUCUUCCUGACGCUGGCAAGCUCUUCUUCAUCUCUCCCCCACCUAGCCCUCCCCACGGCUGGGAGAUGCGCAUGGAGGAUGCGCCCAACAAGCUGGUUCACGCUGAGGAUCUCGCCGAUGCACUCGCUAAGCUGCACCACCGCCCCGGACCUAUGGACGAGGACCAAAACUCACCUGUGACUCCUCACGACUCUGCUCUGCCAGGUCGCACACGCUCUCGCUCUUCCACUCUGAUCUACAAGCCUGAAGAGAAGAGCAGCAUGCCCGCUGUCAUUGUUGAUGACAUGACAGAUGAGCCUAUCCAGUACAGCCCCAUUGAGCAGUCCAAGCCCAUCAUGGCGCAUACUGCUCGACCUCCUGUCGAGCUGAUGCACCACGCCUAA